AUGGCCUCCAAAUCACGAGCCCUCAAUGCUGCCCAUGCUGCUGGGAUUUUUGCAGACAUGACCCUCGACGGCCCCGAGAUUGGCACCCUCGUGGCCGUGGUUGACAGGGCCAAAAACCUUCCGAAUCGGAAGACCAUGGGCAAGCAAGAUCCUUAUUGUGCUAUGCGGCUGGGAAAAGAAGCCAAGAAGACGGAGACAGAUAAAAGAGGCGGGCAGACACCUAGAUGGGACCAAGAACUGCGAUUCACUGUCCACGAGUCCCCCGAUUAUUACAAAUUGAAAUGCUCGGUUUUCAAUGAUGACAAGAAGACCGACCUCAUUGGCGAAGCUUGGAUUGAUCUAACAGAAGUCAUCAUUCCAGGCGGUGGACAGAGUGAUCAGUGGCGUCAAUUGAACUUCAAGGGAAAAUAUGCUGGAGACAUCCGGAUCGAGCUGACAUAUUACGAUACAAGACCGAAGCCGGAGCCUCUAGCAGAGAAGCAAAAACAAAGAGACAAAUCUCAUUCUAUGGCCAGUGACGCCGCGAGCAUACCCUCUGGCCCUCGUCAACUGGGCCCUCGUGAUAUCAAGAGGAGGCCACUUCCACCAGGUCCUGGUGGACACUCAGGUGUUCCUCCCACUCAAACUUCGGGAUGGCCUAGGGAAGAGUUGACGGAUACAUUUCCAGGCCAGGGAUAUACGAAUAGCAACCCUCCACCACGUCCACCAAAACAAAGGUUUGUUCCCGAGACUCCGGACGAUGUUGGAUAUGAUCUCAACCCUCGAUUCGGCCCCGACUCUUACGAACCGCCUCAAAAUUCUGGCCCACCUUAUCACCAAGAUCAAUCCUCUGGCAGAUAUUACGAUAAUUACCACGAUCCAAUCGCCGGGUACGGGGAGCAAGACCCAUAUGUGAUGGAUUCCUACCAGCAACCAGGACUUCUACCACAAACCCAACUACCACAGCCUAUGUCAGGUCCACCGCCACCGGAUCAUCAUUCCUCAUCGGUGCCACAUUCACCAUACGAUAUGCCAGACCAGCCUCUUUAUCAUUCCUCUCCCCCUCGAAUGACGCCUCAGGGCACGCCACCAGCGACCGCGCAAAACCAACACUGGAACGGCAGGGGCAGCACAUCUCCGAUUAAGUACGCCGCCUACAGGGAUAGUCCACUCCGGCAAUCCAUAAGUCCAAAUGAUAUGCCUGGAGCGACUCCGCCCUACGCCGAUCCACGGUUCGAUGAAGAUGGGUCACCACCGCCUCCUCCUGCUCACCGAGGUACGAUGACAAGGGUGCCCGCACCUUCCUCGAAUUACCGAAACUCAUAUGGAGAACCUUCGCCACGUACUCCGGUGAAGGCCAAUACCGUCGAAGGCAGGAGUCCUCUUCAGAGGCUCGAGCGUGAUUAUGAUCCAUUUCAGGCAACUCCUCCCUCCCAAGAUAUACAACGCCAGAUUCCAACGCCGCAAUCUUAUGAACCAAGCCCACCACCACCAGUUGACCAUGACCGAUAUCCCAUGUUCCCAUCUGAUAGGCGAAAAUCCUACAAUGGUGAUAUACACCAGCUUCAACCCACAUGCACUGAAAACGCACCUGAUCAGAUCUGCGAUCGUAAUUUCGCUGAACAACGUGAUGGAGAAAACCUUCUAGAGAAUUUCAGGCGUUCUACAGGCAAUGAACCUCUACGACGGGCGCAGACGUUCGACAAUUUUGAAUUACACGACGAAAGACACGUCCGAAGAUCUGCUCCGGUCGUUGUCCGACCUCGUCCAAUCACUCCCAAUUCUAAUCACAUUAUUCCUAGGAAAUCAAUUACCCCAACAUUCGCAACGAGCGAUGACCGCAACCAGAUGUCUAGUGUUCCAUAUGGACCUGGCUCAUACGAUGUGUUGAACCCCGGCCCCAGUUCAACACCGGUUGACGGUGCAUUCAACUCCCCAGAAGAUGCGUUAGAGGUGGCUCGACAGAAGGAGGUUGACAAACUUCGAGAUCAAGGUCCUAUUAUCGGGAAUGACGGCCGAGUAAUUGAUCCCUCGGACCAUCUUCCUUCUGAUACGUGGGCGCCGGAACCGGAAAGGAAACAACGGAAACCAGAGCAUGUCAUUAGGAUCCGGACAAGAGAAGAAGCACGAACGCACAGUCGUGCAGGAUCGUCUCCAGCCUCCGUUCGACCGCACUCGAUUGCGGCGUCGCCUUAUCAGGUCUCUCCUAGCGCUCCGGUGUCUUCGCCGUACCAGGCGUCAACCCCUCCAGCCACGGCUCCAGUUUCACCUCAAGUUGAAGCACCGAGUGGCCGAAACAGGCUGAAGAAACCAAUGCCAAACCGACCUCUCCCGACCCAACCGUACCCAAACGCUCAAGCAGGUCCAGCUGCAAGGAACAGCGCCACAACCGAGCGACCUAGUCCCUCAAACCAACGAUAUACGAUCCACUCUUCACCUGGAAGCGGAUCACCUCAGCGAUCUCCAAUGUCAGAAUAUCAAGUUCCGCCUGCGAGCAGUUACAAUCCGCGUGGCGGAUAUGGACCACCGCCCGGACCUCAGUACCAACUGGAAUAUUCGCCGUCACCGGCAAAUCCGCCAGUUGAGAGGUCAAUGCCGGAGAAUCCCGGUUACGGCGGUGGCCCGUCGUAUGAUGCUGAGAACUCCCUGGCUCUUGAGCUGAGCCGGAUUGACAUAGGGCCGUCGAGGAUGCCCAGGACGGCAUUACGGCCCCAGAAAGCAUAUGGUGCGUAUUAG